AUGGUGACCCACUUCCGGUCCUUUGUGAGCGGAGGACAGUCCUUGUGGAGAGUAGAGAGGAAGGAAGCCAGUCUAAGAGGUGACGGGAAUGAAUAUGAACGACGAGAUCUGGCUUUAAAUAAAACCGCCACACAAAGCUCUACAUAUAUGGGAAACGAAGCUGGUAGAGCAGUGGAUGGGAUCAUCGCGACCCAAAAUCGCCUUAAAGGCUACAGUCUGUACGUAACAAACAACACUAAUAUGACACUGCCUGAUGGAUCUAUCAAUAACGCCUCUGGACAUCUAUGUUACCAUGACAGUAAUCAGGAUUUGCCUACGUUUAACCAGUCGCGACAGUGUCAUGUUCACGGGAGAUACGUCGUGUUCUACAACACAAGAACACAAACAAAUACAUAUAUUGAACUAUGUGAGAUCCAGGUCUUCGGAUGCCCUACUAAUAGGUUUGGAUUUAAAUGUGAUGGUAUUUGUCACUGUGCGACUGGUGGCUGUGACCCUGAUACCGGACAGUGUGACGCAAUGGGAUGCCAGGCAGGAUGGAUGGGGCUAUCAUGUAGUCUCCGAUGUCAUUGUAAACAAGGAGAAGCCUGUGAUAUUAAUACAGGGGCAUGUACUCGCGGUUGUCAGUCUGGAUGGUCAGGACGCAGCUGUUUUGUAGGACCACAUGAUCUUGCACGUGGUAAUAAGGAGACCAGGCAGAGUUCCAAAUAUGACAUAACAAGCAAUAAGUUUGGGCCAGAAAAGGCUGUUGAUGGCGUUAUAACAGCGGAUGUAGCACCCAACGGAAGUUGUUCGCAUACAUAUCAAAAAGGAGAACCAGAGGCCUGGUGGGAAGUGAAUCUUGGAGGAGUACAGCGGAUACAGACAAUUAAUAUUAUAUACAGACAGCAGUUUUGUGAUGAACGUAAAUUCGGACAAGGCUGUAACCAGACCUGUCACUGUGCUACGUCUGACUGUAGUAAACAAAAUGGAACGUGUAUCAGUCCAGGGUGCUCCUCUGGCUGGCAGGGGGUUGCUUGUGAUAACGCUUGUGACCACGGGAAAUAUGGACAAGGCUGUAACAAGGACUGUCAUUGUGCUAAAUCAGACUGUAACAAACCAACAGGAACAUGUACAUCGCCAGGAUGUUACGCUGGCUGGAAAGGCGAUACAUGUGGUGAAGUUUGUGAUGAACGUAAAUUCGGACAAGGCUGUAACCAGACCUGUCACUGUGCUACGUCUGACUGUAGUAAACAAAAUGGAACGUGUAUCAGUCCAGGGUGCUCCUCUGGCUGGCAGGGGGUUGCUUGUGAUAACGCUUGUGACCACGGGAAAUAUGGACAAGGCUGUAACAAGGACUGUCAUUGUGCUAAAUCAGACUGUAACAAACCAACAGGAACAUGUACAUCGCCAGGAUGUUACGCUGGCUGGAAAGGCGAUACAUGUGGUGAAGUUUGUGAUGAACGUAAAUUCGGACAAGGCUGUAACCAGACCUGUCACUGUGCUACGUCUGACUGUAGUAAACAAAAUGGAACGUGUAUCAGUCCAGGGUGCUCCUCUGGCUGGCAGGGGGUUGCUUGUGAUAACGCUUGUGACCACGGGAAAUAUGGACAAGGCUGUAACAAGGACUGUCAUUGUGCUAAAUCAGACUGUAACAAACCAACAGGAACAUGUACAUCGCCAGGAUGUUACGCUGGCUGGAAAGGCGAUACAUGUGGUGAAGUUUGUGAUGAACGUAAAUUCGGACAAGGCUGUAACCAGACCUGUCACUGUGCUACGUCUGACUGUAGUAAACAAAAUGGAACGUGUAUCAGUCCAGGGUGCUCCUCUGGCUGGCAGGGGGUUGCUUGUGAUAACGCUUGUGACCACGGGAAAUAUGGACAAGGCUGUAACAAGGACUGUCAUUGUGCUAAAUCAGACUGUAACAAACCAACAGGAACAUGUACAUCGCCAGGAUGUUACGCUGGCUGGAAAGGCGAUACAUGUGGUGAAGUUUGUGAUGAACGUAAAUUCGGACAAGGCUGUAACCAGACCUGUCACUGUGCUACGUCUGACUGUAGUAAACAAAAUGGAACGUGUAUCAGUCCAGGGUGCUCCUCUGGCUGGCAGGGGGUUGCUUGUGAUAACGCUUGUGACCACGGGAAAUAUGGACAAGGCUGUAACAAGGACUGUCAUUGUGCUAAAUCAGACUGUAACAAACAAACAGGAACAUGUACAUCGCCAGGAUGUUACGCUGGCUGGAAAGGCGAUACAUGUGGUGAAGAUUGUGACCACGGGAAAUAUGGACAAGGCUGUAACAAGGACUGUCAUUGUGCUAAAUCAGACUGUAACAAACAAACAGGAACAUGUACAUCGCCAGGAUGUUACGCUGGCUGGAAAGGCGAUACAUGUGGUGAAGAUUGUGACCACGGAAAAUACGGACAAAGCUGUAACAAGGACUGUCAUUGUGCUAAAUCAGACUGUAACAAACAAACAGGAACAUGUACAUCGCCAGGAUGUUACGCUGGCUGGAAAGGCGAUACAUGUGGUGAAGGACUGUCUGCGGAUAGCAUGCCAGAUAACAGUGGCAUCAUAGGAGGAAGUGUUUCUGCCAUAGUUGCUGUCUUGGUUGUCAUUGUGAUAGUUGUUCUUGUUGUCCGAAGACGUAGACCACACAGAAAAGAAAGUCAUAUGGCUGCCAUGACCACGUUAACAGGAACAGAUUCGGGUAAAACAGGUGAAAACGUUUAUGUAAAUAUUGUCCAAACACAUACGAAGCCCACUCCUGAAGAGAAACUAUCACAUGUGAAAGAUACUGACAUAGACGAGGACGAGAUUAUUUAUGUAAACGGGCCUGUUGACAUUGAAGUUCGAGGAGAGACAAAACUCUUUGUAGCUGACCUUAAGGAUACUGUGAACGCCAAACACGCAAAUGCCAUGUACGAGGUAGAAUUUAAGAUGACCAUUCCAGAGUUGUGCUAA